CGCCUCAAAGAACUCUGGGAAUCUUCCCGGAGCCAACAUGGAGGACUCAGGGCGCCAGUUUCAUAACCGCUGUGUGGGGGCGGAGCUUAGCUUUCUGGGUUGCUCGGCGGAGCUGAACGAGGAGGCUUUGGGUCACACGGACGGACGACAUUGAUGUGGGGGUAGAAAAGACGAACCCACGGCCGUGGACGACACGGAUCGCUUGUGGAUCGUUCGCUGACAAGGAAGAGGACCCAGAAGAGCAGGCGACGGUGUGCCAGCACAUCUCGGCUGAACACGAAAAGGUUGUAAAUCUGUGGGAUCUCGGGAUGUGAAGACCUGUGUAAAACCUACCUGGAUCACGCGUGUAAACUCCACUUUUCACCUCCCUUGUGGACAUAAAUCAAAGUGGACCCAAACCAGCUCUGUUUGUAAUGCUGGCAGGAGUGUGGCUUUCUUUUUGACACCGGAGUGUGCCAUCUGGAAAGCUGGGAAAGGCGGGGCCGAACUAGUGGUCUCCCACACCGGGAUUACCGAGCUCCCCCUCCGCCGCUUCAUACCCAGCGACGACGCGGAUUCCUGGGGGGGAGCCGGGGAGUUUCCACCGACGUUUACCGGGAACUAACAACCGAAGACACCGCCUCCGUUGGGCGUGAGCGGCGUCUGUCAGUCAUUGCUGUCAACGGUCACCUGGUCGUGGCCAUUUUUCGUACCGAUUUUGGAGCCUAACCCGAUUGGGGGCGCAUUUAUAUUUCGGGAUUUUUGCACCCCCUCCCCUGUCGGACUAGGACUAUGGCGGACGACGACAUUCUAUUUGAAGAUGUAUACGAGCUCUGCGAGGUGAUCGGCAAGGGUCCCUUCAGUGUUGUGAGGAGAUGCAUCAACCGAGAGACGGGGCAGCAGUUUGCUGUCAAGAUUGUGGAUGUAGCCCAGUUCACUUCAAGUCCUGGACUCAGCACGGAGGACCUGAAGAGGGAGGCCAGCAUCUGCCACAUGCUCAAACACCCUCACAUUGUGGAGCUCCUGGAGACCUACAGCUCAGACGGGAUGCUCUACAUGGUCUUUGAAUUCAUGGAUGGAGCAGACCUGUGCUUUGAGAUCGUGAAGAGGGCUGACGCUGGCUUUGUCUACAGCGAAGCAGUGGCCAGUCACUACAUGAGACAGAUCCUGGAGGCGCUACGCUACUGCCACGACAACAACGUCAUUCACAGAGACGUCAAGCCUCACUGUGUGCUGCUGGCGUCCAAGGAGAACUCUGCUCCCGUCAAGUUAGGAGGCUUUGGCGUGGCCAUCCAGCUGGGAGAGUCGGGAUUGGUGGCCGGAGGUCGCGUAGGAACCCCUCACUUCAUGGCCCCCGAGGUGGUGAAAAGAGAGCCCUAUGGCAAACCGGUGGACGUGUGGGGCUGCGGAGUCAUCCUCUUCAUCCUCUUAUCGGGGUGUCUGCCUUUCUACGGCACCAAAGAGCGACUGUUUGAAGCCAUCUGCAAAGGCAAAUAUAAGAUGAAUCCCCGUCAGUGGGUUCAAAUCUCAGAGAGUGCUAAAGAUCUGGUGAGGCGCAUGCUGAUGCUGGACCCCGCUGAGAGGAUCACUGUUUACGAGGCGCUCAACCACCCUUGGCUCAAGGAGAGAGACCGCUAUGCCUACAAGAUCCACCUACCAGAGACUGUGGAGCAGUUGAGAAAGUUCAACGCCAGAAGGAAGUUGAAGGGGGCUGUCUUGGCGGCGGUGUCCAGUCACAAAUUUAAUUCCUACUACGGCGACCCCCCUGAGGAACUCCACGACUUCUCAGAUGACCCUACCUCCUCAGGGCUGCUAGCAGCAGAACGGGCUGUGUCUCAGGUGUUGGACAGUUUAGAGGAGAUCCACGCAUUGACGGACUGCAGCGAGAAGGAUCUAGAUUUCCUGCACAGCGUUUUCCAGGACCAACAUUUACACACUCUGCUAGACCUAUAUGAUAAGAUCAACACCAAGUCGUCGCCGCAGAUCCGAAACCCGCCCAGUGACGCCGUGCAGAGAGCCAAAGAGAGUCCGUCCUCCCACCGAGAAGAAAGUGACGCUUUGACACUUCUGGACUAUGUGCUGGAAGAGAUCUCCUGCUACCCUGAGAACCACGAAGCUAAAGAACUCAGACGAAUACUAACCCAGCCGCAUUUCAUGGCGCUGAUGCAGGCCCACGAUGUGGUGGCCCACGAGGUAUACAGCGAUGAGGCUCUGAGGGUGACGCCUCCGCCAACCUCGCCCUACCUGAACGGCGACUCGCCGGAGAGCACCAACGGCGACAUAGACCUGGAGAACGUCACCCGAGUGCGCCUGGUCCAGUUCCAGAAGAACACAGACGAGCCCAUGGGCAUCACACUGAAGAUGAACGACUCCAACAACUGUAUUGUGGCCAGGAUCAUGCAUGGAGGAAUGAUUCACAGACAAGGGACACUGCACGUUGGAGACGAGAUCAGGGAGAUCAAUGGCAUUAGUGUGGCCAACCAGACUGUUGAGCAGCUGCAGAAGAUGCUGAGGGAGAUGCGAGGCAGCAUCACUUUUAAAAUAGUGCCAAGCUACCGGACCCAGGGCUCUUCCUGUGAGAAAGAGUCCCCCAACACCUCCAGGCAGUCCCCUGCUAAUGGCCACUCCAGCAUUAACAGUUCUAUACUGGACUUGCCGUCCACCAUUCAGCCCAAAGGUCGACAGAUCGUACCCAGACCUCCAAUCAAGGACAAAAUGUCUGUCAAGAUCUACGUUAGAGCUCAGUUUGAGUACGACCCCUCCAGAGACGAGCUCAUCCCCUGCAAGGAGGCCGGCAUCCGCUUCCGCGUGGGCGACAUCAUUCAGAUCAUUUCCAAGGAUGACCACAACUGGUGGCAGGGCAAGCUGGAGAACACCAAGAACGGCACGGCGGGACUCAUACCGUCCCCCGAGCUGCAGGAGUGGCGGGUGGCGUGCAUCGCCAUGGAGAAGACAAAGCAGGAACAACAGGCCAGCUGCACUUGGUUUGGCAAGAAGAAGAAGCAGUACAAAGACAAGUACUUGGCAAAGCAUAACGCAGUGUUUGACCAACUAGAUCUCGUCACCUACGAGGAAGUGGUGAAGCUACCCGCAUUCAAGAGGAAAACGCUGGUUUUGUUAGGUGCUCACGGUGUUGGUAGAAGACACAUCAAGAACACGCUCAUCACUAAACAUCCUGACAGAUUCGCGUACCCGAUCCCACACACCACCAGACCCCCAAAGAAGGACGAGGAGAACGGCAAGAACUACUACUUUGUGUCUCACGACCAGAUGAUGCAGGACAUCAGCAACAACGAGUACCUGGAGUACGGCAGCCAUGAGGACGCCAUGUACGGGACACGGCUAGAGACCAUACGCAAGAUCCACCAGCAGGGACUGGUCGCCAUUCUGGACGUGGAACCUCAGGCGCUGAAGGUCCUUCGUACAGCAGAGUUCGCCCCCUACGUCGUCUUCAUCGCAGCGCCAACCAUCACGCCAGGCAUCGAUGAGACACCCAGGUGGUGUCGCACGUUGCCUGACGAGUCCCUCCAGCGGCUGCAGAAGGAGUCGGAGAUCCUGCAGAAGACGUACGCUCACUACUUCGACCAGACCAUCAUCAACAACGAGAUAGACGAGACCAUUCGACACCUGGAGGAGGCGGUGGAGCUGGUGUGCAGCAGCAGCCAAUGGGUGCCUGUCUCCUGGGUCUACUGAAAGCAGCCCUUCUGUCUAUUAAGCCCCGCCCCGCCCACAACCGAACAGACCAAUGGCCAAGCGUCGGCUUGACUAUGCCCCCUUACUCCUCCUCCUUAUCAGUGGACCCUCACAGACGACGUGGUCGUGGUGUUGUCACCCCCAAAAUGAAUAUUGUCUGUCUACUAGCUAGGAGGACACACCUUUUUUUCUAGAUGUUUGUUUUAAAGAGACAGUCCCGUGUCCCAGCCUUCAUCAUCAUCAUCGUUGUCCCAGCAAGAGGACACUCAGUGGACCUGUAAAAAAAAAAAAAUCAAUCAAAUUUAAAAAAAAAAAAAAAAAAGCACAGAGACAUGCUUCACGUGUAGCUCAUGUCACCUGACCUACUUUUUAUUUAUUCAUUUUCUUGAUCCAGUCCUCCUCCUCCUCGGGCUCUAGCGCCUCCUGUCUCUUAAAUAAAUCCAUAAAUGUGUUAUUAGACACUUGUAUUAAAAAAAAAAAAAGAGGAAUUAAUCCUGCAUGUGGACCAUUUCUACGGCAAAGCUCGGGUUGCUCAGUGUUCCUCGUAUCCUUCUGUAAAACUUCCAAGAAAGAGAGAAAAUAAAGAAAAUAUCAAAAUAUUCAAGCUGUUGGAAAGAAGAUGAGGGAAGUAGACCAGCAGCGACAGUGAUGGAUGUCCCGUUGACGCCUAUGCACACCUCCGUCCUUCCUGUCAUUGCGGACAUUUGUGAAGACAAAAAAAAAACUGACCUCAUUUGACGCCAUCUCGCAAAUGUCUUUCAGUCAACAUGGCUGUGUGUGUGUGUGUGUGUGUGUGUGUGUGUGUGUGUGUGUGAGUGUGUGUCAUAGCAGCUCGUCGGUAUGAAGUUUUUUAAAAAAUAUAUUUCCUUUCAUGUGUUGGACCAAUGAACUUUGGAGUGGCUUUUUCUUUUUGCACUUUUGUUCCUCCACAGCAGCAACAACCUACAACAGAACCGGAAGGGCCAAGUUCUACAUAACAAUUAUCAUCAUAGAAAAUUAGCAUAGUAAAAUGAUGGAAAAGUACCAUACUGAAGAAAGUAGAAUAAAGCCAAAAUAUUGCAAGUACGGUAAAUAGACCAUAUUACAAAAAUAACAUUGUCAUAGUAAGAAAGUCAUAGAUUUAAGAGAAUGAAGUUUGAAUUUUUUUCCCCCUUUCAGUUUUUCCCCCGUUAGGGCUCACCAUCGCAAGUCAUUGCAAGGUUUAUGCAUAUUAAUCCAUCCAUCUGCUCCCUUAAUGAAGGUGGCCACAGCCAAUUCCAGUUGUCCUGAUAUUUCCCGGUUAGACAUCAAAACUUAAAUGCACCAGAAGCAGCACUGAUGGUAAGAAUAACAGUACAAAAAUAAAGUAUAAAUAUUCAGAGAAUACUGUCAUACUUUUACAAAAAAUAAAACUAAUAUUUCAUGAAAACGCAUGGAACUUUCAUAAUAAAAUAUUUUUUUUACAUAAAAGAAUUGGAAUUGUACUAUUUUUCUACAAUAUGACAAAAAAAAAGAAAGGGAGAUUUUACAAGGAUGAAGUCAAUUUCAAAACGACAAAAUUUUCCUCAAACAUCGGUCAUCUUAAAAGAAAAAUUUUUUUUUAAUAUUUUGAGGAGAAAAAAAAACAGUUCAAUGUACAAGCACUAAAGGAAAAAAUACCCAAAUAGUCACAAUGUUAUGUUUUUGAAAACAUACUGCAUUUAAUGAGGAAACUUGCUUUGUGAAAAUAAAGUUGUAUUAUAAGAAAAUCUACAUUUUGGAUAAUAGUCAAUACGAUGAAGUAUUAAGACAUGAGAAAUAAAAACAAUAUGU